UGGCUCCGUGUAAAGUCCCAAGGCCGCAAGGAAACAAAAUCAAAAUGACAAAGUUCAUAGUCCUAGCAGGCCUCUGCCUGGUCUUGUCUCAGCUCGCAUCUGCAUCCCGGAUGGCUUGCUACUUCACCAACUGGUCUCAGUACAGACCAGGCACUGGGAAAUACAUGCCCCAAAAUGUUGACCCCUUCCUCUGCACCCACCUCAUUUAUGCUUUCUCCAUCAUAAACCCCAAAAAUGAGCUGGUGACAUAUGAAUGGAACGAUGAGACCCUCUAUAAAACCUUUAAUGGCCUCAAGAGCAAGAACCCGGGUCUAAAAACUUUACUGGCUGUUGGAGGAUGGAACUUUGGAUCAACACAGUUCUCCAUCAUGGUGUCCACUCCAGCCAAUCGUCAGACUUUCAUUCAGUCUUCCAUCAAAUUCCUGAGGACCCAUGGCUUUGAUGGUCUGGACCUGGAUUGGGAGUACCCAGGAGCACGUGGAAGUCCCCCAAUUGACAAACAGAGGUUCACUCUGCUGUGCAAGGAACUUGUGCAAGCCUAUGCAGAGGAGGCUAAGACAUCAGGCAGGCCUCAGCUCAUGCUAACUGCUGCAGUGUCUGCUGGAAAGGGAACCAUCGAUGGCGGAUAUGAGAUCGCUGAGAUUGCAAAAUACUUGAACUUCAUUAAUGUGAUGACCUAUGACUUUCAUGGAGCUUGGGAGCGAUUCACCGGACACAACAGUCCACUGUACCGUGGCUCACAUGACAGUGGAGAUCUCAUUUACUUCAAUACAGAUUUUGCUAUGAAAUACUGGAGAGACCAGGGGACACCAGUAGAUAAACUGAUGAUGGGCUUUGCCUCUUAUGGCCGCACUUUCCGUCUGUCCUCUUCCAACACUGGUGUAGGAGCUCCAGCGAGCGGAGCUGCAUCCGCUGGACCAUACACUCGUGAAGCAGGAUUCUGGUCCUACUAUGAGAUCUGCACAUUCUUAAAGGGAACCACAAUCCAGUGGAUCGAUGACCAGAAAGUUCCCUAUGCCAGCAAAAACAAUGAAUGGGUGGGAUUUGACACCAAAGAGAGCUAUGAGACUAAGGUCCAGUAUAUGAAGAACAACGGAUUUGGAGGUGUAUUCGUUUGGGCCUUAGAUUUAGACGACUUUAACGGAGAGUUCUGUGGACAAGGAAAGCAUCCACUGAUGUUCCACCUUCGCAAACUUGUCAACGGUGGGGUGCCCCCACAACCUGAAACCACUACCAGCAGACCAGAUUCAACCACAAACAAGCCAGCCACCACCACCGCUAGACCAAUUGAUACGACAACCACCAUCCCUGUGCCCGGGACCGGCUUCUGCAAGGACAAGCCUGAUGGUAUAUACGCCCACCCCACAGACAAAACCCUAUUCUAUGAGUGCACAGGGGGAAAAACCUUUCUGAAGAAAUGUGGCGGAGGGACAGUGUUUGAAGACAGCUGCAAAUGCUGCACAUGGCCCUGAUCUGACUGAAGGAAUCUUUGUAUGUCAACUGUAAUGGUGUGGGAUAAAAGAUACAAGUACUACAAGACAAUAAAGUUGUAUGCAAAC